AUGUCAAAGAAUUUUUUUAUUGAUACUUUACUGAAUAGUAAUCAUGAAAAUAAGAAACCUUCAUUAUUGUAUACGAAUUCAUAUUUACAUGAACAAAGUUUCAAUUCAGAUAGUUUGAAUUGUCCGACCACAAGUGAUAGCGAUGAAGAUGAUAAUUAUUCAUCAGUAAACAAAAGUUCCACAACAAUUCGUCGUAAACGAACAGCUUUCACCAAUGAACAAUUAAUGGAAUUGGAAGCAGAAUUUCAACAGAAAAAAUAUUUAUCACUUGUUGAACGUUCACAAAUAGCUCAAACAUUAAAUUUAACGGAAAUCCAAGUGAAAAUUUGGUGGCAAAAUCGUCGAGCUAAAUGGAAACGUAUUAAAACUGGACAAUUGAGACAAUUUUCGACAAAUGAUAAAAUUUGUUGUCCUAUUCCAGUGCAUGUUAAAAAACAAUUUCCAUCGUAA